UCUCUUUUUUUUCUUGCUUCUUCUUCUUCUUUUUUCAACACAAUAAAACUCUUGCUCUGUCUCUCUUUUUUGCAGCUCGUCUGUUUGGCAGCUUAACGUAUUUUACACUCUUUACCAAAAAAGCCAGUCUUUUUACUCGCAAGUUCGGCUUGACGUCGACUUACACCAGCACUCAUUUACAUACAUAUAUACGCGGAAUUGAUUUCUCGCCUACACAGUCUCUAUCCGAGCAAGAAGCAAUAAAAACACCACAAAAAACAUCACCACCAAACAAGUCUUCAAGAUGAAGUCUGCUGUUGCUGCCACCCUCCUCGCCGGCCUGGCCUCUGCCAGCUCGCCCAUCCGCCACUUGCACUUCCCCCGAUCCAACGGCACAAUCACCUCUGCCGUUGACAACGCCGCCGCACCCACCACGCUGACCGUCAUCGCGACCUCGGUGCACACCGUCAUCAGCUGCGCUGCCACCGUCACAAACUGCCCGGCCCGCACCAACGCCACGGCCAUUGGCAGCCUGCCCGAGUCCGCCCGCACCACCGUCGUUGUCACCGACACCGUCGUGCUGGCCACCACCGUGUGCCCCAUCGAGCAGGCCUCCAGCAUCUCCUCCUCCCUCCAGGCCGCCCACUCCUCCGGCCUCAUCACCGGCUCGACCAUUACCGGCUCGGCCCCUGCGGCCACCACUCCGGCCCAGGCUGGCGGUGCUCCUCCCGCCGGCGGUGCCCCCGGCAGCGGUGUCAAGGUCACCGUCUCGGACGUCGUCACCGACAAGACCCUGACCAUGACCGUUGGCAAGGGCGCCAGCGCCUCGGUCCUCACCACCACCGUCCAGGCCACCACCCAGAAGACCAUCACCAUCACCAGCACCCUCGGCAACGUCCAACCCGUCCAGACCGGCAGUGGCAGCUCUGGUUCCAGCACUGGUGGCAACGCUCCUCCCGCCAACGGUGGCUCCGGCUCCAACUCUGGCUCUGGCUCUGGUUCCAACAACGGCUCCGGCUCUGGCAACGGCUCCGGCAACUGCGCUGGUGCUCCCACUGUCACCGUCACCGUCGCCAAGGAGACCGUCACCGUCCCUGCCUCCACCGUCUUCGUCACUGUUGAGGCCAGCUCUUGCAGCUCUUCUUCCUCCUCUGCCGUCACCGGCCAGGCUGCUGGCAGCGGCUCCGGCUCCAGCUCCGGCUCUGGUUCCAACUCCGGCGCCUCCAACGGCAACGGUAGCUCUGGCUCCAACAACGGCUCUGGCUCCGGCUCCGGCUCCGGUAACAACGGUGCUGGUGACGCUGCCGCCACCACCUCCACCCCUUGCCCUACUGACAUCACCACCACCGUCCGCUCCACCGUCACCGUCACUCCUUUCCCCGUCAACAACGGCACUGCUGCCACCAGCGGCGCUGCUCGCCCUUCCUCUUCUGGCUUUGCUAAGCUCCGCCGAUAAAGGGAUUACUUUCCCCCUUUCUCAUAGGAAAAAAAAAACAAAGCCUUGUAAGAGUAUUGUAAAAGGAAAAAAGGAGAAGGAAAGGACCGGGAUUAUUCGAUCAAGGAAAAGGACGCAUAUAUCACAGCGCUAGAUAAGAGAGAGAUUUCUUCAUCUGCGCCGUUGCAUGAUAGACGUGUUUUUUGGACUUUUUUUUUUUCAUGGUUAUUGCGUUUUGAGAGGGUUUUGGAUAUAUGUUAUAUAUAUCCGGCGAGGGCAGAGACGAUUUGUACUUACUUUGUGACUUAUUUGAAAGACUUAACAUUCGUGUGUGUAUAUGUUAUAUUUACCGGCUGUCCGAGACAGCUGUCAGAAAUGACUUGAGAGCAAUCUCUUUCUUCUGAAUUGAACGAUUUGUGACGCUUAUAAAC